CACCGUACUUCCACGGUCUGUAGGGUUUUUCUGGAGGAAGGGACGGACUCGAAAUAAAGGCAGGAUAUAGCAGGAUAUCGCACAGUAGUGCGAGCAAUCGACAAGGCGUUUCUGUCGAAUCGAGCGCCAAUAAGCAGCCCCACCCGUGAACCACAUGACCAAGCCUGGCUGGCCGGAGCUGCUGGAGACCUGAAACGUGCUGCCAGGUUUCACAGUUUGCCUGCUUUUGCGAAGGAAAUCCCCUAUGCAGAGGAUUAUGGACUCCUAAUACAGUUUCCUUCCUCCUCCGGAAGCAUCGGUGCGGCAAUGAACCACACCCCCAGCCCCCACAUGACUGAAGCGGCCAAAUCAGGGUCCGGCAUCCUCUCCGGGUUGGGCCUGGGUCUAGGCUCAGACAGGAUGAUGUCCCCGGAUAGCAUGGCCAACACGCCGAGCCCCGUGGGAGGUACGCCCAACUCCAGCCCCCCGCUGCUGCUGUCUCCCGUGGGCUGUGUGGGCGACGGGGGGGAUUGGGAGGGCCGGGAGGAGCUGCGACUGCGGGAGCUGGAGGAGGUGCGCGCACGGGCGGCCCAGAUGGAGAAGACCAUGCGCUGGUGGAGUGACUGCACCGCCAACUGGCGGGAGAAGUGGAGCAAAGUGCGGGCGGAACGCAACAGGGCGCGGGACGAGGUGCGGCAGCUGCGGCAGCGGCUGGACACGCUGACCAAGGAGCUGACGGGCGUGCGGCGCGAGCGCCAGGAGCUGGCCGCCGAGAACGAGCAGCUGCGCCGCGAUGCCCAGCGCUGCGGGGGUGCCUCUGAGCCACCCGCCCACCCAGCCAUCGACCCUGGCUCCCCGCCACCUCCUCUGGAGGACAAGGAGCAGGAGGCCGAGAGUCCUGGAUGCCUGGAGCAGGAGCCUGUGCGGGACGUGGGAGCCGAGAAACCGGACAAGAGCAAGGACAUUGACCUCCUGGAGUGCCUCCUGCAGCCCCCAGCCGACACCCCCGAGUCCUGGGAGGGCCGUAGUACAAGCAGCAUUCGCUCCGCGGCCAGCCGGCAGGACCGCGGCCGGCUGUUGUGGGACGACAUCGCCGCCCUGGAGGGGGACAGCAGUAAGGUCACGGCGCUGCAGCUGCGGCUGGACGAGUCUCAGAAGGUCCUGCUGAAGGAGCGCGAGGACAAGAACUCUCUGACUAAGAGUAUCGAGAAGCUGGAGGCUGAGCUCAGUCAGUGGAAACUGAAGUAUGAGGAGCUGAACAAAGCCAGGCAGGAGGCCUUGAAACAGUUAAAUCUCCUUAAGGAGGUGCACCAGGACGAGCUGGGCCGCAUGUCAGAGGACCUGGAGGAUGAGCUGGGGGCCCGCAGCAGCAUGGACAAGAAGCUGGCGGAGCUCCGGAGCGAGAUGGAGCGACUACAGGCGGAGAACGCGGCAGAGUGGGGACGGCGAGAGCGUCUGGAGACGGAGAAACUGGCACUGGAGCGCGACAACAAGAAGCUGCGUGCGCAGAUGGAGGACCUGGAGGAGCAACUGGCACGCAAACGCAGACAGGCCGCCUGCGCCCUGGACUCCGACCUCAAGAGUAUCCAGAGCGAGCUCUUUGAGAGGAACAAGGAGCUGGCAGACAUGAGGCACGUCCAUUCCAAGCUGAAGAAGCAGUACCAGGAGAAGACGGCAGAGCUGGCCCACGCCAACAGGCGGGUGGAGCAGCACGAGGCUGAGGUGAAGAAGCUCCGGCUGAGGGUGGAGGAGCUGAAGAAGGAGCUGGGCCAGGCGGAGGACGAGCUGGAUGAAGCUCAUAACCAGACACGCAAACUGCAGAGGUCUCUGGAUGAGCAGGUGGAGCAGUCGGAGAACCUGCAGGUGCAGCUGGAGCAUCUGCAGUCCAGACUACGGCGCCAGCAAAACCCAGGCCUGUUUGGGAAGAUGCGCUCAUCUCGGUUUAGCCCGGAAAACCCAGAAGCGCCUGCUAGUGACCUUGAGGAAGAGGAGGAGGGUGAGCUGCAGAUCCAGAUACCCUGAGCGUCGCCGCUGAGAGCCUCCCGCAGCUGUGGCCUGUCUCCUCACGUUGGAGAAGUACAUCGACAGACACACUGUCAGCCAGCAACCAAGACUGCAGAGAGUGUGCGGAGUGACCGAACGUGUGGCUCUGUGUGGAUCGGAGCUGUAGGUUUGACGCCACAAAUAUGUCUGUCUGCUUGAUGUUCUAGCUCACUGCCCGAGGACACCGAUCCAACACACCCCCUCCUCAUCCUCUCAGGAACUCCCCCCCCCCCACUGACAAAUGACCACAAUCCCAAAAUGUUGCUCUACUGUUGUGGAACCGAAAUGUCAAGGACAUUAGAAGAGGAGUGUGUUAUGCAUUGUUGGUAUCUGCAAACAAAUAGCCUCUCUGGACGUCGUCUCUGUCCCUUCCAGUUCGGUUACUCAACACCAGUUUAGAAUAAACCAUCCAUAAAAGCAAUAAGAACACAGUUUACUUCCACCAGCUCCAUCGAAAACCAGUGUAAUUAGGACCAAGCCAUUUGUGAUGGUUAUAUUUGAGAUUAUUUAUCUUUUUUAUAUUGAAAUGUAUUACAGUGUUUUGUAUUAUGCUUUAUACAGCACCGUUCAAAAGUCUGGACUCAGCUUCUUUCUAUGUCUUAGUUAUAUUGUUCGUCUUAUAAGCCUCAUGGCAAUGAAGUGAUACAUAUCAAAUACGGUAACCACCACCAGAGGUUUUCAACAUCUCAACAUUUUCUCAGAUUUUAGACUCUUCAAAAUUAGCCUCGUUUUGCUUCGGUCUUGAGAUGACAGCAUCGCAGAAUCUUGGCAUUCUUUCAAGCAAAAUCCAGAUGUGGCCAGCAGUCCUGAAGGAGUUUCCACAAGUUCUGGGCACAAGAUGGCCACCUCACUCUUACUCUUCGAUCCAACUCAUCCCAAGCCGGCUCGGCAGGGUUUAAGUCGGGAUUGCGGGGUCCAGGUCAUCAGUGACAGCACUCCAUCUCUCUUCUUGUUCAUAAGAUGAUAAAACCUCGAGGUGUGUUUAGGGUCGUUAUCUAGUCAAAAAGCAAAUGAUUUUCAGGAGGCAUGUUCAGACUUUUGACUGGUAGUGUAGCUGUUGUAUGUUACUAGCUGCAUGUCUGUGCUGAGCCACACCCCUGUUUCCCAGAGUCUUACUUCUGUCUCUCUGUUUACAGCAAGGUCAUGUAUCUUUGAAUUCUAUCAUCAGAUUGUACAUUUAGGUACAUUUAAAUAUGUUUUUCUUUUCUGAAUUAUGAUUCUGGAACAUUCACUUGUGUGCGUGUGUGUGUGUGUGUGUGUGUGCGCGCACACACAUGCCCUGAUCGGGGUCCACGGGUCACUGCUAGCCCGUGAAAGCCGUUACCAUGCGAUCGCCAUAAAAACCAAGGAGAAGUAACCUUGAGAAAGUAAAUGCUCAGUGCAUUUGGAGGUGCUGGUCAUAGUAGUUGCUUUUUAUAUGCUUUUAGUUAUGAAAAAAUACACCAGUGUUAUUUAUGGGGAAAUAUUAAAAAAAAAAAAAAGUUUGACCUGAUGAGUCUCAGCUGAUACUGAAUGUUGUAUUUGCGCAUCCUGGUGAUGCCUGUCGUUGUGGAUAACAUGUUUCCUUUACCGGUCAGCCUGAUUAACCUUUACGUAGUAGUGGUUGGUUAGCCGCAGGUCUUUCUCACGGAGUACCAUCAGUCUCGCCUACCGGAAGCUUCCAAGCUUGUAGAUUUGUUGCUCCUGCCUUAAUAUUUUGAUACAUUUUACAUAGGAAAACAGUCUUACUAGGCUUUUCCAGGCCUUCAAAACACUUGAAGUCUUGGGGUGGGUGGCUGGGUGGGGGGGGGGUUUAAACAUUGGAACUCACUACACAGUGAAAGAUCUUUUCAGAUCUGUAAUGAAGGAAUAGGGAAAACAAACCGUGUCUCUCAUCAGUGCUAUGAAGCUGGAUCCUUCCUGCGGUGUUACGGUCUUUGGGCCUUUCGUCCUUCAGGACUGGCCACAGAGACAAACAAAGGGCACAGUCACCCUUCCUUUGCUGUGCGAAGUGCGUUCUUCUGUCUGUCGUCUUUAUUUAUGUGCCAAUGUUAGCUUUUGCUUCCUCCGAUACGUCGGUGGAUGCCGUUUCCUAGAAUCUCUCUUUCCAUAUGUAUCUUACCCACUACUACAAAAUACAGAUGACCACUUACCACUGUAUCCGAUCAGCUGGCGUAUUGCAAAUGUAUGUUUUUAGAGUUUCAUUCCAGUUAAUGGAGUAAUAUUCUUGGAAUGUAACUGUAAUGUUGUAAUGAUGUCUUGAUGUAAUGAAUCGGCAAGUGAAAUUCUGUGUGUUCUCUGCACCCGUGUUUUUCUUCCCGGUCCUCGGGGGCCCCCAGACGGUCCCUGUUUUUAUUCCCUCCCACCUCCCAGCACACCUGGUGUAGCAGGGAAUUUUGUGGUGAUUCGUUGGGAGCUGGGAGAGAGCAAGAAUACGGCCAGGACUGGGCUGUGAGACACUGCUCUACACUGCAUUAAGCAUUACAGCAUGUGCAUUUUGCAUAGUGUUUCGCCCAAAAAUGGUUACCUCCCGAAAUGCACCAGUUUUAACCAAAAAAGGUUCUAAUUUGUGAGGUGAAUAAAGUUCUAAGGACAGGCAUGAGAUUGAUGCAAGACUUGUGGAAUCGGGCAAGGUGCUGUUAAUGGUGCCGAAUGUGAAAAUCUCUGUCAGCUCUGCCUGUCUCUCGUUCAUGGCACUUCCUGUCCUUGUUCUUAGACAUCCAUUAUAACCUUUAUGAUACACCUGAAAUAGAGGGUUCUUCAUAUAAGAAAUUAGUUUUAGGCUGGUGUUUAAGUGAGAAAUGCAUGUUCUGCUAUCUGAGUGUUUCUGUCGGAUAUUAUGGAGGAAUAUGUUCAAAAGGUGUGAUUUCGUUUUAUGUGAUGUGUUUACUUCUCUAAAUACUCAUGCUGUCGAACUGAAUACCGUUGUCAGCAAAAUACCCCCCAGUCUUGACUGUUCCAGGUCCAGUCAUGAAAACCAUGCACAUGCAUGUUGAAGAGACUACAGCAUUGUGAUUUGUUUUGUAUUAAAUUUUCUAACAAAUGUA